UUUUGAGUUGGGUGAGGAAGCACCGUUGGGUAUGAAGGGCACGCCAUUUUACAUAUUUGGACAACUUACUGUGGAGGGUAGAGACGAACAAAUGAAGUUUAGUAGUAGCAAAGCACAUGCUGUCACCAAAAAGGAGCCACAUGAUUUAUAUCCAAUCCAAGUAGCUCAGCCAUUUGGCAAAACUGAGACACUGGAUCUUAUUCAAAAAGAAAAAGCAGAGCCAUUUGGGAGAAGAAAACCACUUGAUUUUUCCAACGAGUCCAGAGCAUUGAAGGAGUAUGAUCAACCGCUGAUACAAUCAUCAACGUUUAAAGACAAGGAGAGAAGGAAUUUAUUGCUGCAAUUGAGCCACAUAAGAGAUCUUAUCAGGCUUCUGUUGAAUUAUCCUGUAAAAAAAGUGCAUGAUAGCCAACUCAAGGCUUGGAUUCGUGAAGCAUCAAAUAGGAAACAUUCACUUCAAGAUUUGAAUCGCCUACUUUCUCAAAAGCCCCUUAAAUGCUUUCAAGGCCUUUUACCAAUAGACAUAUUAGAGAUCGUAGAAACAGGCUGGAGUUGGAGUUCCAUAUAUGGUUACUAUUAUGGGAUCCCUCAAGACAUUCUUAGUCUUGCUGCGAAACUUGCUGUGGAUCAACUGGUUCAAACUUUACUAUCUGAGGAUGAUCAUGCACGUGACAUACAUCAUAUCUUGUUAUCUACUGGAGAUGCAGCUGAGAAAAGACUAGUCAUGGAAAAGGUAGAAUCAGUCUUGAAAGACAAUGAAGUUAUGCUUCGUCUUCAUGAAACCUUCAAUCAAGUCAUACUUAUCGAUGCCUCAAAUUACCAGAGUCAAGCGGAGGUCCAUGUUCGACAACAGAUAGCUCAACACCUUCAGCUUCCUGCGAUGAUGGAAGGCAAUGAUGAUUUGCUUAAAACAAGUAUUGAAAAAGAGAUGUCAAGCAAGAGAUACUUAGUGCUUCUGGUGGAUAGAGAUGCUGAUGAAGAGCCUUUGGACCCACGGAAAAUGGGUUUUCCAGAGACACAACUUCCUGGAGUUGUGGUGUUAAUUACUUCUGAAUCUCCAAAGCAAGUUAAUGAUGAAUUAAUAUAGCAAUGGAUCUGAAUAUCAAGACAAAGGAUCACUUGUUGCCAUGGGAGGUCUUCUGUCGCAAUGUAAGCAAUGAGCUUCUAUGUUCACCUAAUGCAAUCCAAACAAUAGCAAUUCAGAUAGUUGAAGAGUGUGGUAGCAAUCUUCUUGCCAUUUCUAUAGUAGCAAAUUCACUAAGGAGUGAGAAAGAUGUCAAACGUUGGGAAGAUGCUGUUGUUAAAUUGCAUUUGCUUCAUCCUUCCUAUUGCUUAACUGUGUUUCAUGGUCAGAGCAGGGUGAUGGUUAAUGCAUUCAUAAACUUCAUCUGGCAUGAUUUAAGUACGACACAAAAGCAUUGUCUUACAUCAUGUUUGUUCAUUCCUGGUAUCAAAUUUGGGAAGAUUGAAAAUGAAUUGAUCAGUGAUUGGAUUUCUAAUCAAUUAGUGGUUGCUGGUGAAGCUC